CAAUUCUGCCGCCUCAGUGUCAAUACGAGAAAGCUGCUUAGCUACCUUACAAAUCUAUCGUCGGGUUCAUUCGUCAAUUGCUGACUCGACAUUCCUCAUGCUUCGUCCUGGAAGUGCGACAAUGCCCUUCCGGCCCCUGCGGCCGCGCCUUGGUGUCCCACGAGCCACGGGCCUGCGGACUCUGAUCGCUGCUCCCAAGCCAGGCUCUGGCCCGCUCAUGGAGCGUCGGGCAGACCGUGAAUUGCCUUCGAUCCCCAACCCUCGGCGAUGGAUCUACACGCUUCCUAUAUUCGCUGUCAUCACUGGAGUUGCGACACUCUGCAUAUUUAAUUACCAAAAGUCAUCGAGCAGUGUCGUAAACAGUACUCUCUACGCCCUCCGCACCCAUCCCGAGGCGCGAGAGUUGCUUGGGAGUGACAUCUAUUUUGCCAACCGCAUUCCUUGGAUCUGGGGGGAGAUCAACCAGUUACACGGCCGCAUCAACAUCCACUAUGCGGUCAAGGGAACAAAGUCUACAGGGCAUAUGCGCUUCCAGAGCUACCGCAAGACGAGAAUGGGCUACUUCGAAACGACUGAAUGGAGCCUGACAAUGCCGGAUGGCCGCAGGGUUGAGCUGUUGGAGUCUGCAGGACAUGAUCCCUUCCGGGAAGAAGCUUCAAAUUGAGAUUGGGGGAAGAAAUGUAAAUAUGUGAGAGCGUAAAAGGACUGUAUAGUUACAGCAUUUGGUCAAUUGGCAUUUACAAGGCGUUGGGCGCGCUUUAUUUUAUUUCCUUUGCUGUACAAUAUCAUGAGCGAGUACGCUGGAUCAUACAGCAUGAUUGCUGGUAUAUAUAGAAGCGCAUUUAGACAGGGAAUGCUAAAUAACGUUUUGAGC